CUUCCCGCGAUGUUGGAUACACACCGCACGAAUUGGAAACUUUUGGCCAAUCAGAUUGCUGCACUGACAACACGGAAGGAAUGUACACAAUUAACAGAAGACUCAAGCCAGACGACGAUAAAGUGAUUGAAAAUCGAGCAUUAUGUCCACAAGGAGGAGAAGGAAAAAGCCCAUAGAUGAAGCAAAGACAUAUAUUCUGUCUUGCACUGACAAGGAUGGGUUUAUUUCGAGAUUCAUUGACAGUUGUAAAGGAAGAGGAGUUUUUGCCACACACCCCAUUGAACCAGGGGACUUUGUCUUGGAGUAUAGGGGUAAACUCCUGACACAGGAAGAAUGCCGGUCAAGACAAUACUCAGAGAUUGAAAGCACAUUUCUCUUUGACUUUGAGUAUCGGAACAAUCGCCUGUGCCUGGAUGCAUCUGAAGAAGAUGGAUCUCUCGGACGACUAGUCAAUGACAACCACAAAAAUUCAAAUUGUGUCGUGAAAAAAAUCAUAGUUGACGACAAGCCACACUUGUGCCUUUUUUCUCUUAAGAAAAUAGGAAUAGGAGAUGAAACUGAUUAUGACUAUGGUAAAGCAAAAUGGCCUUGGCGUACUGAGGUGAAAAAAACCCAAGCUCCUGCAGCAGCAGAAGAAAAGCUAUUGAGUGGUAAAGACCAGGUGAAAGGCCUUCAGACUCCUGCAGCAGCAGUUGAGAAUGAGACCAGCCCUGUUCCUCAGACGUUGAAUGAUGGACCAAUCCCAGAUGAGCCCUGCACACAGGUAAAAGUACAUUUAAACACAUUCAUCUAUGCUGACUUGUAUGCUAUGGUGUAG